AAAAAAUAACAAACAACAAAAAAAAAGAAGAAGCGAAUUAGCACCUCUCUCUCUCUCUCUCUCUCUCUCUUCAAUUUCUCAAAUUAUUUUCUGUGAAUUCUUCUGAUCUCUCUUCUUCCAAAUCGUCGGUAUCUGUAACGAUCGAAAAAAAAACCAAAUAGGAAAGGAAAAGCCUCUGAUUCUCACAUUUUAUUCACAUCCAUCUUCUUCAUUUCCACCUUUCCCCUUUCUCUUUUUAUAAACAAAAAGAAGAGUAUCAUCGUGGUUGGUCGUCAAUGGUGAUGGAGGACAACGAGAGUUGCGCCAGUCGCGUUAUUUUCGACGCCUUACCUACCUCUCAGGCUACCAUGGACCGCCGCGAGCGCAUCAAAAUGGAGGUCUUCCACGAGGUCCUCCGCCGUCUCCGUCUCUCCGACGACAUCCCCGACUCCCACCUCCCUUCUUUCCAGGACGAGCUCUGGACUCACUUCAAUCGCCUCCCUGCCAGGUAUGCUUUGGAUGUGAAUGUGGAGAGGGCUGAAGACGUUCUCAUGCACAAGCGCUUGCUCCUUUCUGCUUAUGAUCCUCUUAAUAGGCCUGCCAUCCAAGUCCGUCUCGUCCAGGUUCAACCUCCUGCUGGGACUUCACCUGACUCCACUCCCUUGGACUCUUCUUCCUCUUCUUCUACUAACCAGGAACCCGCUGAUCCUCCAUUACCAAGAAAAAGCAUUCAUCCUCCCCCUGCCUUUGGUUCUUCCCCCAAUCUUGAAGCUCUUGCUCUUGCAUCUCCUCUUUCCCAAGACAACGACGACGACGGUGACAAUUCCGUUCAUAACAAUGCCCUCUAUUCACGGCCCUUGCAUGAGAUCACUUUUUCCACUGAAGACAAGCCUAAACUCCUUUUUCAGUUAACUGCCUUGCUUGCUGAGCUUGGGCUAAACAUUCAAGAGGCGCAUGCUUUCUCUACAACUGAUGGCUACUCACUAGAUGUUUUUGUUGUUGAUGGUUGGCCCUACGAGGAAACAGACAGACUUAGAUUAUCAUUGGAGAAAGAAGCUGCAAAGAUCGAGUUGCAGUGCCAAAGCUGGCCUAUGCGGCAAUCCUUCUCUCCCGAAAAGGAAAAUGGGCAAACAGGUGUCAGAACUCAUGUUGCAAUACCCAGUGAUGGAACUGAUGUUUGGGAAAUCAACCUUCAACACUUAAAGUUUGGGCAUAAAAUUGCAUCUGGUUCUUACGGAGAUCUGUAUAAAGGUACAUAUUGUAGCCAGGAAGUUGCUAUCAAAGUCCUCAAGCCAGAGCGUCUUGAUUCAGAGCUAGAGAAAGAGUUUGCCCAAGAAGUCUUUAUUAUGAGGAAAGUUCGACACAAAAAUGUUGUUCAGUUCAUUGGUGCUUGCACCAAGCCUCCACAUCUGUGUAUCGUUACUGAAUUCAUGCCCGGUGGAAGUGUAUAUGACUAUCUCCACAAGCAAAAGGGCGUCUUUAAGCUUCCAGCUUUGUUUAAAGUAGCUAUAGAUAUUUGCAAAGGGAUGAGCUACUUACACCAAAAUAACAUAAUUCACAGAGAUUUGAAGGCUGCCAACCUCUUAAUGGACGAAAAUGAGGUGGUUAAGGUUGCAGACUUUGGGGUGGCCAGAGUGAAAGCACAAACUGGAGUUAUGACAGCUGAAACUGGAACAUAUCGGUGGAUGGCUCCAGAGGUGAUAGAACACAAGCCAUAUGAUCACAAGGCAGAUGUAUUCAGCUACGGGAUUGUACUAUGGGAGUUGUUGACUGGGAAGCUUCCAUAUGAAUACAUGACGCCAUUGCAGGCAGCAGUAGGGGUCGUCCAGAAGGGAUUAAGGCCAACGAUACCAAAGAACACGAAUCCGAAAUUGGCAGAGCUAUUGGAGAGAUUGUGGGAGCAGGAUGCGACGCAGAGACCAGACUUCUCAGAGAUCAUAGAGCAGCUUCAAGAGAUAGCCAAGGAGGUAGGAGAAGAGGGAGAGGAAAAGAAAAAAUCGUCAUCAGGACUAGGAGGGGGUAUAUUGGCAGCCCUGAGGAGAAGCACAACUCAUCAUCAUUGAUGGUUGGUUCCCCAUUAGAAAGAAAAAAACUGUACAGCAAUAUGCAGAUGAUGUGGGCUGGCUGUAUAUGUUGGUGGUGUUGGUUUUCUUGAUUCAAUUGAUUUUGAUUUCGUUUGUAAGUCACAAUUUAUCUCUAAAAAGUUGGUUAAUGAAAGAAAAAAUCUCUACUUUUAGCAUCAUUAA